AUGGCGUCGGUCCCUCCGCCCACUAUCUACCCGCAGAGCCAUGUCGGCUUCGACAGCAUCACGUCCCAGAUCGAGCGCAAGCUGUUGAAGCGUGGCUUUCAAUUCAACAUUAUGUGCGUUGGCCAAACUGGUCUCGGCAAGUCGACGCUGAUCAACACCAUCUUCGCCUCGCACCUGAUCGAUUCUAAGGGCCGUAUGGCGCCGGACGAGGAGAUCCGCUCGACAACCGAGAUCCAGGCGGUGUCGCACAUUAUUGAGGAGAACGGCGUGCGCCUGCGGCUGACCAUCGUCGACACGCCCGGCUACGGCGACCUUAUCAACAACGACCGUUGCUGGGAUCCCAUCGUCAAGUACAUCAAGGACCAGCACUCGGCCUACCUGCGCAAGGAGCUCACCGCCCAGCGCGAGCGCUACAUCCAGGAUACCCGCAUCCACUGCUGCCUGUUCUUCAUCCAGCCCAGCGGCCACUCGCUCAAGCCCAUUGACAUCGUCGUGCUGAAGAAACUGUCUGACGUCGUCAACGUCGUGCCGGUUAUUGCCAAGGCCGACUCACUCACGCUCGAGGAGCGUCAAGCCUUCAAGGAGCGCAUCCGCGAGGAGUUUGCCUUCCACAACCUCAAGAUGUACCCGUAUGACAACGAGGAGCUAGAUGAGGAGGAGCGGACGCUCAACAACCAGAUCAAGUCCCUCAUUCCCUUCGCGGUGGUCGGCUCGGAAAAGACCAUCAUCGUUAACGGCAAGCCCGUGCGCGGCCGGCAGAACCGGUGGGGCGUGGUCAACGUCGAGGACGAGAACCACUGCGAAUUCGUCUACCUGCGCAACUUCCUGCUGCGCACACACCUUCAGGACCUGAUCGAGACGACCUCCCAGAUCCACUACGAGACCUUCCGCGCCAAGCAGCUGCUCGCCCUCAAGGAGAGCAGCGCCGGUGGCCACAGCUCCAACAACAGCCGGCCCAUCAGCCCGUCCGCCGGCGACCGUGACCGCGAGGUCUCGCGCAGCUCGCAACGGCAGACUAUGAAUGGCUACUGA